CUGGUCGAAAACUCGUUGCCUUUUUGACCACUUGACGCGGCCAGAAAGAUGAGAAUAUUUUAUUUCGUUCCAGCAUAGGAUUGCCAGUGUGCUCUGUGGUUUAUGAUACGCGUUUGACAAUAUAUGUUUAAAGCUGGUGUUAUGAUCAUAUUUACAUCUCGAAUGAAACACAAAAGUUAUGUGACAGAAUGCGGGAUAAAUCGAAACCGAAAACCUACGUAAGAAAGAAUGAAUAGUGUCUCAGCUUAUUACCGAGCACCGAAGCUGCUGUGUGACUGCCUGAACAAAUGUGUGAGACUUUCUUGAUGCGCAAGCAGUACUUUUAUCGUAGAUGUGCCGAAUUAUAAGCCUACGUUAAUGGAAAUGUGUGGCUUUCAUUAACUGAAUGAUCAAAACAGAAAAGGAACAUGAUGGAAAAACACGAGACAGGUGGACCAGACAUGAAGGUGUCGUCUCGUACGAUGUUUAUCAGCCAGGAGGCACCUGCAAAUGCCCUUGCGCUCAAUAAAGACAAUACUCAAGUUGUAAUUGCUGGAAGAAAUGUUUUCAAGAUAUUCACCAUAAAGGAAGAAGAAUUUGAAGAGACAUGCAAUUUACGAGUUGGCAAGAAUCUUAACCUAAAUUUCUCGUGUAAUGAUGUUGCAUGGAAUGCAGCUGAAGACCAUAUAUUAGCAACUGCUGCAACAAAUGGGGCAGUAGUUGUAUGGAAUUUGAACCGUCCUUCAAGAUCAAAACAAGACCAUGUGUUUAUUGACCACAAACGUACAGUAAACAAAGUUAGUUUCCAUCCGGCUGAGUCAACCUGGCUUAUAUCUGGUUCACAAGAUGGAACAAUGAAGUGUUUUGAUCUGAGAACACGAGAAACUGCAAGAACAUACCACAGCAAUACUGAAAGUGUAAGAGAUGUACAAUUCAGCCCACACAUUCACCACAUGUUUGCUGCUGUGUCUGAGAAUGGCAAUGUGCAGCUCUGGGAUAUCAGACGUCCUGACCGUUGCUGCCAUCAGUUUACAGCACAUAGUGGUCCUGUCUUUGCCUGUGAUUGGCAUCCAGAAGUGACAUGGCUAGCUACUGCCAGCAGAGACAAAACUAUAAAGGUCUGGAAUCUGAAUGCCAAACCAACACUUGAGUACACAGUUCCUACAAUAGCAUCUGUGGGUCAUAUAAAGUGGCGUCCACAGCGAAAAUUUCACAUUGCCAGCUGUGCACUUGUUGUUGAUUGUAGCAUAAAUGUUUGGGAUGUUCGUAGGCCUUACAUACCUUACGCUGCCUUCAAUGAACAUAAAGAUGUUGCAACAGAUGUCGCAUGGUGUGGUAAUCCACACACAUUUGUCUCCACAAGCAGGGAUUGCACAUUGUACCACCAUAUAUUUCAAGAUGCUACACGACCUGCAAAUAGAGCUAAUCCUCAGUGUAUAGCUUUCAACAAAUGCGGAGAUGUUUCAUAUGCUUGCAAAGUGAAUGUUAAUCAGAACUAUGGUGGGAAGCAAGGUGGUGUAAGGAAAGUUGUGCCACAUAGUGAGCAAUUUUACCAAGCUUCGAGCAAUAUGUUCAUGUUUAAUAACAGCUCCAUCCGUGAAACACACUGGUUUUGUGAGUCAGCUCGUCGAUACAUUCUUACAGGACGUACCCUAGUGGAAAUGUGUGAACAUAAUGCUGCUGUAGCAAAAAGCCUUGGUAGAACUAAUGUCAGCGUUGUGUGGAAUCUGGUAAAAACUCUAUAUGCAAGUUCCGAUCAACUGCAGGCACCAUUACCAGUUGGGUGUAAUGUUUCACGUGAUGAGUCAGUCUUGAGUGUCGACAUGGUAGAUGGAGAUCAGCGUACUGAAACACCAACAGUUGUAACAGUGCCACAAGCCAGUGGUGAUGAUGAAACUGAGACUGAUGAAACUCCUGACCUGCCAAGGAGGGCUGCUUUCUCGGCUCUCACACCAUCUCAAGGAGACUUUUUCUUUGGUGAGGGUGAGCUGGCAUUAUUAGAUUUUGAACAGUUGACUAGCAACACCAUGGUUGGGCAGCAAGAUUGGACACUACCAAAUGAAGCAUUCCAGGUCCGGCAUGAAAUUCAAGAUCGCUCACCUCCACCAGAACAAUUUCCUAAUCACUCUCCAACAGAAAAUUUAGAUGGUGUCCUUGGACCGCUGCUGCCAGAAGAAUCAUCUGGACACCCUGUUCUGAGUGUCCCCAAUGUGCCUCGGCCACAGCCAUUGGAUCCAUCAGCCAUUGUUGUGGAUGCACUUCGACAUCAUGCUGAGCUUGGUGAUGUCCAGACAGCAGUCUGCGUCCUAGCUGUCUUAGGUGACAGAAUUCGUCGUCAGUUGUCCAGCAUGUUGACAACAGUUGAGCAAGAAACUUGGCUCCUAGGUUACCUGGACUCUUUAUCACGGAGGCGACAGUGGAUAGCAUCAGCACAUUUGACUCAACUGUCUUGGAUCUCAGCAGUUUCACGUGCAAGUCAGCGUUCAACAACUGUGUAUUCUAGUUGCUCGACUUGUCGUAAACCUCUACAACGCGCGGGCUGGCUUUGUGACCGUUGUGGACGACGACCUGCAGCAUGUGCAGUCUGCCAUAGAACAGUCCGUGGAUUGUAUGCAUGGUGCCAAGGCUGUGCACACGGUGGUCACAUCAUGCCUUGCUUGCAACAGUGGUGGGAAAAUGAUGAUCGUCGUGAAUGCCCUGCUGGUUGUGGGCAUAUUUGUCAGUAUAACUGAAUAUUAAAUAUUGUAAGUAAAUUAAGCACUAAAGAGUUUUUUGUUAAUUUUUUUUGUAUAGUGGUAAACAACAAAUGAACUUGUUGACAAGUCCGCAGCACAUUAAUGUUACUGUUAAAUUUAACUUGAAUUACUGCAUCCAACAAGCUCUUUUACUAUUCAUGCUGUGUGUGCAUAGUGCCUCAGCCCCCUUUCCAAGAAAACACACACACACACACACACACACACACACACACACACACACAUACACACACACAGAGAGAGAGAGAGAGAGAG